AUGGCAGCUCCUCAAGUACCGCACCGCUACCUCUAUAGCUAUCAACCUCUCCAAACCCCACGUGAAUUUCGGUUGAUAAGAUUCCGGGAUUUUCUUCACAAUGAGCUUUGCGAGCUUGAAAUAUUCGAUAUCGACACGGCUCCACCGUUUUCGGCUCUGUCAUAUACUUGGGGAGCUCCGUUGAGUACAGCAAAGUCGGUAGAGGAAUACGGUCCAGAAACUUCCAAGAUACUCAUCAUCGAAACUGCGACCGGGCACAAGCAAUUGUCAGUGCUGAAGAAUUUGUACGAAGGACUUUGUCAGUUAACAAGAUCGAACGCCCCAAAAUAUCUCUGGGUAGACGCCAUUUGUAUCAAUCAGCAAGAUGUCGAAGAGCGAUGUUCUCAGGUAACGCUUAUGGGCGCGGUUUAUAGCUUCUGUCAGGAAGUUAUAGUUUGGCUCGGCAAAGACGAGAGUAACCUGAAACAUUUCAAGUACCUUCACGAACAGUUCCUUCCUGCGCUUUGGCAGUACGGAGAACAACACGGGACAGACUUGAUUCUAAAAUCCAAUUGGACGCUUGAUCUCGUCCAUGAGAGACUAAAACUUGAUACAAGAAAAUAUUGGAACGGGUAUGCCAGGUUCUAUGAUGAACGUCGCUGGUUUUCGAGGGCUUGGGUUUUACAAGAACUUACACUGGCUCGCAAUGUGACUGUUCUUGCUGGGACCUCGAAGCUGGACUGGGAUGAAAUGUCAGCUCUGGCGAACAUCAUGUCGAUGAAUGGAUUGGGGUUACUACUGCAAAAGUCAUUACCUCCUUCGAAGAGAAACAAUCGACAAAUCAUAGGCUUUGAGUGCUUGAGACUUCAUACCUUUAGAUCUCUGUAUCAACAGCUCGCACCGCCAAAACUCUUGAGUGCUCGUCCAUCGCGAGCAUCGACCAUGCAAAGCUUAGCAUCAGUCGAAUCGAACACCUCGCUCACAGAAAGCAUAGUGUCUCUCACGGUCACAGACAUUUCAUCAAUGAAGAAAAAAGGAUAUCAACUCGCCAAAUCACUACGAGAAUCAUCCAGCAAGAACGUCGAACCAAUCACAAAGCUCUUCGCAUCGUCCCGGUCGCCGAAAUUGCAUUCCUGGGAUUCAAUGAGAAAUUGGAGUUCUGGGCUAAUCUCGAAAUUUAACUACGUCUAUAAUUCUCGAGCGAACAACCAUAGGGCCGAUGCCACGGGUUUUAGUCAGUGGACUACGGCGCUGAUUGACAACUUGAUUCCAAGCGACGAUCCUAUCGAUAGAUGGAAUACCGUAUUUCUGUGUUGUUGCCAAUGGGUUCGCUACUUUGAAGCCACCAAAUUGCACGACAAGAUCUACGGUGUCCUCGGUAUCAUCGACAUGCUUCGGCCGCCAGACGUAGCUCCACCUAUAUAUCCUGAUUACAACAAAUCCGUUGAAGAAAUAUACACGAGCAUUGCGUUUUACUUUGCUCGCCAUCUGCCACAUCUUACCAUUUUGAGCUGUGUUCAAGAUAAACAUUCGAGGACGCUCAAGGGCUUACCAUCUUGGGUUCCGGAUUUUGCAGCUCUUUCGAAUGAGGAUUUGUCGUUCACGGCAACGGCAAAUUGGAAUGCUUCGAAGGCGGGACCGUGUCAGUCGUAUGAGCGGAAAUUGCUGGGGACUACGCUUGAACUCCGUGGAGCAUGCUUUGAUGUGAUUGAAAGCACAGUAUCCGUUUUUGUCCCGCCAGACUGGGCUGGUGAUGGCUCUCACGUACCAGAUGGCACAGUCAUGUCUAGUCAUAUUCUAGGGCAUUUUGAAAAGAUCAUCAGGUUCAUUUGUGAAGAGGAUAAGCCGUGGCCAUACAAACGAUCCAGGCUAGAAGUUUUGGUCGCUACGUUAGUCGCUGGUCAAUUAGGUGCCCAACCUGUGAAGAACGAAAUCCCCAGUGAGGAAGAAGAAGACUCAUACUUCCCGACUUUCCUUCCGACAGAAGCUCCUACAUCUGAGCCAACGACCGUCGAAUCCGGUCUAGGCCUGAACAUAAAAUCUCUAACCCCAGAUUGGACAUCUAAAUCCUUCCACCGCCGCGGAAAAUCUCAAACCUCACCAGUAACCCCAAGCCCCUCACAAUUCCUCACCAACCGCGAGAAAUCAACCUCCUACUCCAGUCUCACAGCCUCCCCCGAACAAACCACCCUCAGCCCCAACCCAAACUCCCUCCGAACAACAAGAAAACGCACCCACUCCCUCAACACCACCGAGUCCUUCCCCUACGACAAAGCCAUCUUCCAAUUCCGCAUGUGGGUCCUCUGCAUGCUCAUCGCCGGCACCCUCUCCCCCACCACUGCGGCCUCCGUAACCUCCACCCUCGCCGCGAUAUCUCAUCUCAGCUCCCUCUGUCCGCCCUCCCUCGGCCACCUCCCCACCCAAGCCGAAGUCUCAGCCGCGUCAGCCGCCGCAAAGGGCACGCCGAAGAUGAGCGCCAUGUUCCAGGGGCUGGAACACGCGACGGGCGUGGGGGAUUUUGCGAACGGCCAGUUUAGCGAGUUUGAUGCUAGAUGGGGCGUUACGCAGGGACGGUUGCGGAUGUUUAGGACGAGGGGAGGGUACCUUGGGAUGGGGCCUGUGAGUGCGGGGGUGGGUGAUGAGGUUUGGGUGCUGGGGGAUGCGAGGGUGCCGUUUGUGUUGAGGGAGGUGGAGGGGGGAAGGGAGUUGGUGGGGGAGACGUAUUUGUAUGGGUGUAUGCAUGGGGAGAUGAUGACGGGGGAGGUGGUGGGGAGGGUUGGGAGUGUGUUUUUGGUGUGA